GCGAGCUUACCUUAGAAUGUGGGGCCACUUGCCUUUUUUCUACCAAAUAAUAGUAAAACGCGCGAUUGCCCGCUGUUAUCGACCGAUAUUCUGCAGCUAUCGACAGUUUUUAAGGUUUUUAUUUUUUUUCUUGAGGAUUCGCGCGAUUUAUAUGGUAGAGGAGGAAAUGUUUGCAUAUAUUAAUUUUAAGGUUUUCAGGAGGAAAAACUUUUGCCUCUGAAACUAUGGCUCCAUUCUCUUUACGUAGCCGUCUUCAGGCUUCUGCGCUAAGCAAGAGGCGUCUCAAAUCCAAAGCCAAGCAUGGGAGGAAAGGGAUGAAGAACAUGGCGGAAAGCUUCAAAAGAUUGAAAUCUGAAAUGGAAGAAAUAAGCGAGGAACAAAAGAAUAUCAGGGAAGGGCAAAGGCAAGUUAAAGAAAAAUUCGGAAUCAUCGAAUCCGAGUGCCAGGAAUUGAAGAGGGAAACUAGGCUCAUAAUCCAGCAAAGUGCCAGAACUCAGGUUAAACUUGCUCUUAUGUUCCGCAUACUGAAAGCAAGGGAAGCCGGCGAGUUGAAUACCGCUGCCACUCUCACUGAAAUGCUCCGUGAAAUAGUAGGAAGAGAGAGGGAGGAAAGCAAAGCUGACAUCUGAAUGACUAUGAUAAGCUUCCUCGGUGCAGCUGCUCCAAAUGUUAAGAAAUAGAAGCGUGUGACAAUUAAGCGCGUGUUAUCUUUCAGCAUUGCCGUUUUGUUAUUAAGUACUGCUAAUCUACUUCGUUUUAAGUUUGGUAUGUUAAACUUAGAACUUAUCAAACUCUUUUUCUGUUGUGUGUCUAAGGUUGAAUAAACAAAAUAUGGAGACUUCAAAACAACAGAAGUUAAAAAGUUAA